CACAUUUUCCGUCGUUGGUGCACUUUCAACCAACGUCCUUUUGUCGCGUCCGAAUGACGUCAGCGAGACGUUUUCCAUCAUGGCGGCGGAAGGCGGUGAGGAGUUGAGCGGCAACGGGGAGCUCGAAGUGUCUUCAGCCAUGGAGUCCUCUGAGGUUCCUCCACCGCCUCCAAUUGAGAUGGCUGAGAUGUUGGAAGAGAACGGCAGUCCCGCCGCUGCCCCUGAAGCUCCUGUGGACCCCGACCCAUCUUCCUUCUCCAUGCCUCUGGUUGCAGAGGACGAGGAGGGGGAGCUGCCUGCUGACUUUGAGCGCCUGUGGAAGGCUGCCCAUGACAACCCUCAAGACUUCACCAGCUGGACCGACCUGCUACAAUACUGCGAGCAAGAGAGUCACAUGACAGCGUCACGCAGAGCGCUGGUGGCCUUCCUCAUUCGUUACCCGCUCUGUUACGGCUACUGGAAGAAAUUUGCUGAUCUGGAGCGCCGCGCAGGCUACAACGACAAAGCAGAGGAGGUGUGUGUCCAGGGUCUCCAGGCAAUCCCUCUGAGUGUAGAUCUGUGGAUCCACUACGUCAAUCUGUUGCUGGGAACAUUGGACAUGAACCUGCCCGAGUCGCCAAAGAGGAUUCGCCGUGUGUUUGAGGAUGCGGUUGCGGCAGCAGGUCUGGACUUCCACUCAGACCGCCUUUGGGAUCUGUAUGUUGAGUGGGAGAAGGAACAGGGGAACAUGCAGAACGCGACCGCCGUCCUCGACAGAGUCCUCAAAGUCCCCACUCAACUCUACAACACCCACUAUGACAAGUUCAAGGAGCACCUGAACAGCCAUGAGCCCAAAGAGGUGCUUCCCCCGGAGGAGUACGAGGAGCUGAGGACGUUGUGCCGUCAGAGCCAGAAGGCAGAGCGUGCCGAACAGGCCCAGGAGGAGGUGGAGGAGAGGCCGCCGGGCGAGGAACAGCCAGCCACACCUGAGGGCACAGAUUCAGAGGAGCUGAUGCAGAAGAUCCGGGAACAAGUCCUGGUUCGCAGGGAUAAAGUUUAUCAGGACAACGAGGGAGAAGUCCGCCAGAGAUGGAACUUUGAAGAUGCUAUCAAGCGGCCCUACUUCCACGUCAAGUCACUGGACCGCCUGCAGCUGCGAUCCUGGCACUCUUACCUGGACUGGGAGGUCGCUCAGCUGAACAAGGACACCAAAGAACCCGACCAAGAUCUGGACCAGGCAGCCACAGAGGGGUCAGAGGUCACAGCUCAGCCCCAUGGAGUGUCAGAGGAGGUGGCGGUUGCCCGUGAUGACCACAGUGUUCGCAUCCUCUUUGAGCGUUGCUUGAUCGCUUGCGCUCUGUAUGAGGAGUUUUGGACCAGAUACAUUCAGUACCUGGAGCCGCAGAGUGUGGACGAGGCUCGAGCGGUUUACAGACGAGCCUGUGAGGUCCACCUGACUUACAAACCCAACAUCCACAUGCAGUGGGCCACCUUCGAGGAGAGGCACGGUGAUUUAACCGAGGCUCGGCGAGUGCUGGAGGCACUGGAGAAGAAUCUGCCGGGGCUGGCAGUGGUCCGUCUCCGCCGGGCGGCUCUGGAGAGACGAGCGGGCAACCUGGACCAAUCAGAGGCCUUGCUGCAGGAGGCGGUGGCUGCAUCCAAAGAGAAGCCCACGUUGCACGCGUUCUACUCCAUCAAGCUGGCUCGCCUGCUGCUGAAACUGGGCAGGGACCCGAGCAGAGCGCGCAGAGUUUUACAGGAGGCGCUGGAGAUCAGUCCGGACAACGAUAAACUGCAUGUGAACCUGUUGGAGCUGGAGGUGUCAGGGGACCCCUGGGCCUCAGCGGAGGCGGUGCAGGAGUGUGUGACACGAGCUCUGGCAGCUCCUCUCGCUCCACACACCAAGAUCCUGUUCUCACAGAGAGGCCUGCAGUUUGCCGAGGACUACAGCAACUCCAUCCAGAGCGUGCUGUCUGUCUACGAGGAGCACCAGAAACUGUUGAGGGAGCACGGUGGAACAAAGAGAGAAGCAGAAAACGGUGACGAGGAUUCAGAGAAACUCAGCAAAAGCGAGGACGGCUCUGCUGUUGCCGUGUCCGGGCAAGUCCCACCCACCAUGCCGCAUGUCCCCAUCACAACGCCCCCUCCUCCUGUGACGGGCACCGACGCGAGCGCGCAGGCCGGCUACGGAGGAUACGGCAACUGGUACCAGCAAUCACAGUACGGUGGCUACGGCUACCAGAACACCUGGAACUACAACCAGGGCUACUAUCCCCCCAGCUAAAGAGAGCAGCGGCAAUUGUAGCGCCUAAAGGCCACAGGAAGCAGGUUUGACCCAGGAUGGCGUCUCACCUGGACAACAAACUGAAGCAACCUUUCCUCUCCGUCCUUCCUCUGAGAGUCCUGGAUUUGUAAACAAAAUAAGGGGCUGGAGUUGAGCUCUCUCAAAAAAAACAAAAAACAUGUCGUGUCAUUUCAGUGUUGAGUCUGAGAGACUGAUGAGAAGACGAUGAAAGGAAACAGUGACAUUCAUUUUCAGUAGAUCUAUCUCUCUGCAUUUUAAUCAGAACUAUUUUUGUAUUUGUUUGCAAGGCAACCCCUUUGCUCAUGUUUUAAAGUGACACAGUUUGUCCACAAACUUUACAGGUGAUGUAUGAUCGACAUUUUGUACCAUUCCACAUCAUAGGCCAUUUGUUUUGUUUUUUCUAAUGUAUAUAAAGUUGUUUUAUAGUGUGUCA